AUGCGAUUUCCGAUCACCUUCCUGCUGCUUCUGAUGUGUAUGUUCGUCGCGACAGCCAACAAACUCGAAGAUGUUGAGAGAAUGCAGCAAGUUCUUCGUCAUCGCAAUCUUUUCAAAAUGGAAAUCUCGUCUGUUUCGAGAGAUCAGUUCGCUGCAUACAUGGCAACUUUCUGUAUGACAGUAUCUGACUGGUAUCCACCUGAUUAUCUCGCCUCCUACAUAUCAUGGGAAAAAAUUGAAUUCUUGAAUAGUGUUAAAAAUGUCUUGGAAGAAUCCGACGCGAGUGAUACCGUUGCAAAUUACUUUCAUCAUCUCGGACACAACGUUGUUAGUAACUGCUCGAUUAAAAAUGAAAAACUAGUUCGCGACUCACACCAUGAAAUAUCACAAGACACAUUAUUCGACAACUAUAUGUACGAUAUGAUGACAAGAAACGAAUGGAACUCUAUCGCUACCUAA